AUGUCAUCUACAUCACCAGUUGUUGCACCGGAACAUAUCCUACAUCUUCUGUCCAAGCUUCAUCGAAUCUCCUUGGAGCAGGAAGUCGCAAUUUCGGAUUCGGACAAAGGCAAGGUCUACUCAUCCAAAGUCCUAGAUGAUCUAGAGAAUAAACAUGGGCCCGAGGACUCCAGAAGUGCCUUUGAUCAGCUCAUGCUAGAUAAAUUCAUUGCCCUGGACGAAGAUAAAUGCCAGUUUGUGUACCAGCUCAUCAAUGCAAUGGGAGCUACCAACGUGGUUGAAGCUGGUACCAGCUUUGGAGUCAGCACCAUCUACCUUGCCCUAGCCGUUGCCCAAACCAAAGCUGCCACUGGAAAGUCUGGCGUCGUUAUUGCUACUGAGAAAGAAACCAAGAAAGCGAAAAUAGCGCGUGGCUACUGGGCACAGUGUGGUGAAGUGGUAGAACAGGAGGUUGAACUCCGGGAAGGUGAUUUACUUGAGACACUCAAAGUUGGGCUACCACAGGUUGAUAUUCUCCUUCUUGAUAUCUGGUCUUCGCUCGCGCUUCCGACUCUCAAAAUAGUUCAGCCUCACCUUCGACACGGAGCAGUUGUUCUCGCUGAUAAUACUAUAUCUAGCGCUGAAGGAUAUGUGGACUUUUUGGCGUACUUGCGAGAUCCUGAGAAUGGUUUUCGAAAUAUGACUCUACCCUUUACGAAUGGGUUUGAAAUGAGUGUCUAUAUGCCAGGAGCUAAAUAA